AGUCGACUUGUAUAGCCCUAUUUUUCAGCCGGUGAGCUGAGCAAUUAAGAAAUUAAUUUAUUUUUAUUUUGUGUUCCGCGAUAAAGAAAAAUAUUCCACGAAAAUAGUGAAAGUCGCGAGCUGCACUAAAUUAUUGACUUAUAACAAACAUUACGACAAACUGAGGGAUAUUGCAACGUGAUAACAAACAAUUCUAGUGUCAACAACGUGGAAACGAACCUCUGCGACGACCACAAAUAAAAAGGAUCCAACCCAAAAGUGUGGCAUAGUUCGACUAAUUAUGCAAAUGAAAAGUGGUUCGCUGGCGAAAAAAACGGUUACAACCCACGGUGAUUAGAUACGUGACAAUAACGCAGUAGCCCUAAACAUUCACAAAUUCCAGAAUUUUAGCACUUUUGAAUUUUUUAAGGGUUCAAGAAAGGGAAGACCUCUACGAACGAAUCCAUCACCUACUUCUUUGAAAAUGUGGCGUUUGAGUUAUUUGUUAUAAAACAGCUGUUUCUGCUUCGGAGGCAAAAGAAAAGAAGAACCACCAUCUUUGUUUCUUUUGUGGUACACAUAUACCAGAGAAAAAGUCUCGUCUUUGUGAGGUGUCGGUCGGCGCCCGUUCUCCCGUCAAUAACAUUGCAUCGUCUGACGCCCCUCUGCCAUUGUUGGUCGGUCGGUCGUCACAUCGUCGUCUUUGUGGUCGUUUUGCACCUACUCUCCGCACUUCUUCCCAUCACCAGAGGACGUUGUGUCGUCGCGCAAUUUUUUUUUUGCAAAAAAUACAACAACUGCAAAGACGUCAAAUUGUAAAUGAUUGUGGUGGAGACGGCAAAGUAAGAACAAAACAAGUUAAAUAUUGCAAAAAAAAAAAAAAAAAAAUAGAAAAAACAACACACAAGAAUUUAACAAAAAUAAAGCGAAAAACAGCAGAGACCAGACAGACAGAAUUUCAACAACUGUCUGCCCAGAAAACAGCAACAAUCUACGCUGCUUGACCCACAGUAACUCUUGCAGCUGUCUAGCCACCCAGCCGAUAAAACAGCAACAAAAACAAAACCAAAAUGCUCUACGUGCAAAGCUAACUUCUUCCUCCCAAGCGCGCCCAGCAAUAACAACAAUAUUAUUAUUUUUACUUUUCCAAUUUUGUUUGAAUUUUAAUUUGUCCUCCUACUACAUUAUAUAUUCUACAAAUUCAACAUUUUUACACCAUAAAUUGGGCAUAGACGACAGUGAAACUUCCUUCCUUCAUUUUGGACACAUUCUAGACCGCAGCUACUAAUACUUUCCCAAACGAAAGAGUUGACUUAUUUUUGCUACAUUUCUUUCCAUCAUUAUCCGUGUGAUUUUCGUUGCUGUUCAAUAUUGCCAUCGAACCUGAUUCGUCUUGAUUUUAUUUCGUCAUCAUAAAUCCAGCUAUCAUCCAACAAGCUGCAAGCAUAUGCGUGGGAAGUUAAUCUCCUUGUAGAGAAACAGUUGUUAAUCUUAAUUUAGAACGCUCUACCACAUACCAACAUAGCGGGCAGGCUGUCCGAUAGCAACACCCACAGUAGUACUUGUCGAUAAUUUGUCAGGAAGAAGCCUUCAAUCUUAAAUAAAAACAAGCAACCAACUUUAGCCCGCCGUUAUAAGGAACAACGCUUAAAGUUCUUAAAACAAAACGCAUCUAUUGUUUAUUUAAAAAAAAAACAACCAAAAUGGUAAAGGAAAAACCAAAUUCCACACGUAUCUACGAUAAGGAUGGAUUCCGUAGACGUGCCGCCUGUAUUUGUGUCCGUUCCGAAGCAGAAGCUGAGGUUUUGCUUGUUACGUCUUCUAGACGCCCUGAACUUUGGAUUGUGCCAGGUGGUGGCGUAGAACCCGAAGAAGAACCUUCGGUAACGGCUGUUAGAGAGGUGUUGGAGGAAGCCGGUGUUAUGGGCAAAUUGGGCAGAUGUUUAGGGGUAUUUGAGAAUCAGGAUCACAUGCAUCGUACAGAGGUUUUCGUUAUGACCGUUACCAAAGAACUGGAAGAAUGGGAAGAUUCACGCAGCAUUGGACGUAAACGUCAAUGGUUUUCCAUCGAUGAUGCCCUGACACAGCUGGCUCUGCAUAAACCAACACAACGACACUAUCUAAUGCAAUUGCGACAUUCGAAAAAUAACUCAAAUGUCAAUUCGACAACAAGUUCUCCAACAACAGCAGCACCAACCUCAGCAUAAACGUCGUGUAUAGAUACCUCAUUUCAAUUUUUCUGAAACAAAA